UUGAAAACAGUAAACGCAUUUGUUGACCUCGUUGUGUACACUUUUGGAUAUCUCAACCUUCCAAGUUCACACAAUUUUGUGAGUAAGAGGGAUAAAUAAUUGUUAAUUAAUACAUCAGGGAAGAUGGCUCACAACUCUCCAUGGACGAAAGCCCAGGUGGAAGCCGCCUUCAAGAACAUGCCGACUUUUCGCGACGCCACGAUCGAUGUGGAAGACAUGGACGCCUUCUUGGCCACGUUGGGCUUCACCUGCACGAAGGAGCAGAGGGACGGCUACGUCGCCUUUUUUCGCGACGUGCACAGCGGAAAACUGACCUACGAAGUUUGCAUUUCUGCCCUCGCAGUCAUUAACGACACGAAAGAACUCGUACGAAUCCAUGUCGCCGCAAUCGACAAGGACCACGACGGAUUUAUUGAUGAGUCCGAAUUUAAGGCAGUUUUUCCAUUUUUGCUCACACACGACCCGUCCUACCCGAGAGUGGAGUUUGCCACUUUUGUUAAGGAAGCGGAUACAAAUCAGGAUGGAAAAGUCAGCAUUGACGAAGCUGUCGAGUGGUUUUGCAAAAAUGGGAAAGAUGGGAAAAAAUAAGAAAUCCAGGAUUAAACUAAUCUCAAACAGAAUUCAUGUCUGCCUCUACAUAUGUAUCAAAGUGGUAUUAUUGAUGUCUAAGGAGGGGAGCUUGCGAGGUUGAUAAUAACAGAUA